CCAGACAGUUAACUGCAUGAGAUAGCUGUGCUGUUCUCUUGAUGAGUGUUGAAAAUUAUCAUACACUUUCCAACACCUAGACACGUCACACACUAAAGUCGUCUCUGUCACACUCGCGCACUUUGAAACGUCGUUCACUUCGUCCGCUGUUAGUCAUCGUGUCGGUCUCACUCACAUCCGUUCGUCGCUUAGAGCAGCGAAAAUAUCGCAGCCGUAGUUGUCGUCGGGGCGCCGUUCUACUCGCAGUGCUGCAAUAUUUCUAGACUGUAACCUCGGAGAAAAGCUGAGCAGAAAAUAGCCAGAACACAGUGAAAAUAUAAAGCCUACCGCAGCUUUUGUGUUUCGUUUGGUUUUUUCUAUAGCAUUUUUCAAUAGUUAACAAUUUCUCGUUUUGUGUAAUUCGACAAAGAACAAAAAGUAAUCGAAAAGCAAAGAGAAACGUACAACUGAUACACUCUCACCAACACAACACCACACACACAAGAAAAUCAAAUUUCAAUCAGAAAAUGGCGUUAAAAAGAAUCAAUAAGGAACUGCAAGAUCUGGGCAGAGAUCCACCUGCACAAUGUUCAGCUGGACCAGUUGGAGAUGAUUUAUUUCACUGGCAAGCAACAAUAAUGGGCCCGCCGGACAGCCCUUAUCAAGGAGGUGUAUUUUUCUUAACUAUACAUUUUCCAACAGACUAUCCUUUUAAGCCGCCUAAAGUGGCCUUUACAACACGCAUAUACCAUCCAAACAUUAACAGCAAUGGAUCCAUUUGCCUCGAUAUAUUAAGAUCUCAGUGGUCGCCAGCAUUAACUAUUUCAAAAGUCUUAUUAUCAAUUUGCUCUCUACUCUGUGAUCCCAAUCCAGAUGAUCCACUUGUUCCAGAGAUUGCCAGAAUAUAUAAGACCGAUCGGGAAAAAUACAAUGAACUGGCACGGGAGUGGACUAGAAAGUAUGCUAUGUGAUGCGUUCCAGAUUGCAGCAACAACAGUCCAACAACAACAGCAACAACAAUAAGAAAAUUAGUAACAGCAAAGAAAACAUCAACAAAAACAACAACAACAACAUCAAUAGCAAACACAACAAAAGCAACAAAGAUUACAUUUAACAAUAGUUACAACAGCUGUGACAGCUGCCUUCUCCCCUGCUUUAGCAUCAACAUCAGCAUCGGCUCUAGCUCCUCUAGGAAUGGCAACAGCGAUGAUAGCAUCAAAAGAAGGAGCUGAGGCUGCAGCAGCAACAACAACAACAGCAACAAAAACAGCAACAGCAGCAGCAGCAAACAUACAAACACCAAUUAAUAACAGUAACAAUAACAGCGGCAGCAGCAGCCACGAGUGGAACGGAGGCAAUGUUCCAACAACAACAACAUCAACAGCAAUCAAAUGCAACUGCAGUAAGAGUUACGGCAGCAGCAACUGUCAAAUUGGCAUGAAGUUUAUUUGACCGCUAAAGCCGCAGCAGCAGCAGCAGCAGCAGCAGCAUGAAAGGAAAAUAAUUUAAUAAUAAUUACUGAAAAAAGAAUUAUGUAAGCAUAAACAUUUAAAGCGAGACAGCUACCAACAACACAGCAUCCCACACAUAAUAAGUUUAAAAACAAAACAACAAAUAAAGAUCAGCUGGAAAAUUA